AUGCUCGCGGGGACCAACCUGUCCAUCGAUCCAAACGCCCUCCUCCAGGACCAGCAUCAGCAAACGCUGUUUGAAGCCGACACAGCCUCUUCCCGCACCACAUCCACCUCAUCCAUCCCGCGAGUGUCCACCCCAGAUACCCCAGACACGGAAAACGACGACGACGAUUUUGAGGAGGACCUAGACGAGAUACCACGCAAGCCCAACACAAGAAGCAAGACCAAAAAGCCCGCCGCAUCCACAAAGUCAAGGACAACCACAACCACCACAUUAAAACCAUCGUCCACCAAGUCGAAACGGGCAAGUACCGCCGCCGGCGCUGCGGACAAGCGGCGGAAGCGCAACCUCGAGAGAAACCGCGCGGCCGCCUCCAAGUGUCGCCAGCGCAAGAAGCAAUGGCAGGAUGGUCUCGAGCGCCGCAAGAUGGAGCUGGAGAGCCGCUACAAGUCGCUGCACAGCGAGUGCGCGGAGCUCACGGAGGAGGUCGCGCAGCUCAAAAACUUUGUCAUGGCCCACGCCGCCUGCAACGACGCCAACAUUGACGACUGGAUCCGCAACGAGGCAGACAAAUAUGUCCGCCGCAUGAGCAGUACACAGAUGCAGCAGGCUAUCCAGCUCCCGCCUGGCUCGCAAGCUGUCGGGUCCAUGGCCCAGCUGCAGUCUCCCACCCAGAGCGCGCUGACGGCAACACCGCCGAUGAAUGAUACCCUGAACAGCAUGUUUGCUCCCCCGGGCUCCAAGGGACCGUUUGACACGGCCAUCGCAGACACCUCCGACCAGACCAACAUUUUCGAUCAAGAUUUGCUCAUGGUGUCUUCCAUGCAGGCAUAA